AUGACUACUGGAAAAACCAUAGCUUUGACUAGACACACCUUUGUUGGGAAAGUAAUGUCUCUGCUUUUUAAUAUGCUAUCUAGGUUGGUCAUAACUUUUCUUCCAAAGAGCAAGCAUUUUUUAAUUUCGUGGCUGCAGUCACCAUCUGCAGUGAUUUUGGAGCCCCCCAAAAUAAUCAUCCAAUUCAUUAAGGGUCUGAAUAGAACAACAACCAUUAAAAAAACAAAAAACAGAGGAAGGAAGAAUUCAUUGCUUCUUCUGCCUAACUACUUGAGCUGGGACAUUGAUUUUCUCUUGCCCUCAGAUUGA